GUCACGUGAUAAUUUAACCUGUCAUUGUUAUUUUAAUUCAACAGCGGUCCCAUGUGUUUUGAACUUGAUAUCAAACCUCAAUAAUAAAAAUAUAUUCAAAUAUUUAUUUAUAAAAACAUGGAUCAGUUCUACGAAAAAAUCCAAGGCUUGUUGAUGAGAAAAAACAACGAGUAUGAAUUAAAAAGUCUGUCAUCAAAUAUCACUCAAGAAAGUGCUGACCAGAUUGAUGAUUUGCUGACUGAGUUGUCAAGAACUUUUCAAAACUGUGGAAUAACAAUUGGAGAUGCUUCUGAGACAGAUAACAAGUGCGUCAAAGCAUUGCAGUACCUUAUUUUUAACACCAAUUUUAAUUGUCAGGAUCAAAUGGCUGAGGACAUCAUCAGUGGACACCUAGUGGACAUGUGCCCGGCACUGUCUCCCUAUUUGUUGAUCACUAUAACUUAUAAAUUUAAUUACGAGUUACUUUUAACAGAAAUGAUACUCUACUGUCCGCUGGAAUUGUGUGUCGAGAUAAUGGAGACAGUCCCAAGAUGUCUGAAUAUCAUGAGCUUCGAAUGCGCCAAGACAUUUAUAUUUCAUUUUAUUUCAAACGCGUACAAAAAAUUAUUACUUAUGAAACACAAAAGUCUUCAGUCAUCAGAGCUAGACAUGAGUUUAAAUAAAUUUGCCGUCCAGUUCCAAGAACUUGUCUCCAUAAUACGAGGACACAAACUCCUGCGUCUCGAUGAUGACACAAAAAAGAAAAAAGAACGACUUGGGUUUAUUAUAAAAGACAUCGCAAAGUUGAUCCUCGAGUGCUUGGAGUAUCAACAGAAGGACCUGGUACCGGAAGCGGACAAGGAAAAACUCUACAAGAUAACUUUUGGACGUGAGUUCAUCGUGAAACCUGAACCGGAGGCUGUCGAACGUCACCUGGGUGACUUUAACGCAGAGUUGCUGUCAAUGCUGUCGGCUAUCCUGCAGGAAGUAGACAUCGACACUUAUCUCGAGUGGGCUGAGUUGGACUCACCCGAAGAUUCAUCAAAAUCCCUGCAGCAGUCAGUCGGCGCUGACUGCUACAAUUUAAUUGAAGCCUUGAAGAAGUCCGAGCAGCUGAAACUGGAUGAUGAUCUGGUCAAGUGUCUUGAACAUUUGGCUUCGAAGCCCAAGCAGCCAAGCGAUCUGAGUCUCGAGGAACUUUGCCGCGGAGUUGAUGAGGGCAAGAAGGAAUGUUUGAAGCAGCUUACGAACCAGUACCAGAAGUGGGAUCCUUAUAUUUUCCAACGAGUGAAGCCUCAUUUUGAAUUAUUCGACAAAGACGACUUCCUAAAUCUUCUUGAGUAUCUUACAGACUUAAUUGAAAGCAAAUCUAAUGAAGACCACAAGCAGCGAGUGUAUAAUUUGGCGACCAAAAUCCUGCUCAAACUGGAGAUCACAGAAGUCUAUGAAGUUGCUGUUGAAUAUAUUUUGAAACACGACGCGAAAAAUAUUCUCGAGUCUGUAAAUACUGAGGAAAUGUUCAACGGAUUCAUUACCUGCAACACCAACUUCAAAGACUCCAUGAAAUUGCGUAUUCUUUUAUUUUUUAUAAUGAAAAACCCGCGAAAGUUUCUUAUGACGGUAAUUAAAAUGAGUAUCGGGAGCUCUGAGUUCCCUAACGUGAUGAUUCCGGCAGAAGAUUUGUUGCUUUUGUCCCCGAUAAUGAAAAUUUUUGACGAAACAAGCACUAAGCUGGUGCUGAGUGUCCUGUUGGAGAACAUCGGGCUCAAGAGAACUGACUUCAAGUCCACUAAAUUUUAUAAUUUCCUCCAGACGCUUAUUGACAAUGACGUUUUCACUGCCGACGAGCUCACCAAUGUCCUUUUCGUUCCUCUGAUCGAAGACACAACGACGCCAGUGGAGACUGUCAGGACAAUAAUGGUUUGCAUUCACAAAAUAAUUUUCUCGUUCACAGAAAAGCUGAAUCUCGGCGGGCUGCUGGUGGCCCUGGCGGCGAGAAUGAAACUUAUGAGGAGAAACAAACAGAUUUCAAAGUGCGACACCAAUGAAAUACUGGACUUGAUAAUUAAAAUCGUCAGGACGCUGAUAGAGAGCAAUGGAGACCAGCUGGUGAAGCCAGAGUUCAAAGCAAAAGAUGACGUAAUAAAAGUUAUUUUGCCAAUUGAUCAAAUUUAUUUCAAAGAACUGCUGAGUUACUCUGAGCCUCCAGACAUCACUGACAUAAUUCGCGACUACGGGAGACGGGUCGUCCUGGCGAUCGCACGAGUCUUCGAAGACUCGGAAGCACCGGAGCUUGACAUCAGGUCGCUCUGGAUAGACUUCAAAUUCCACUUGAUCUUGACCACCACCGAGGAAGAAUUUGUUCGAAUCGCCACCGAGCUGUCAGUAAUUCAUCCCGACUUCUUUGAUCCUCAGCUAAAGGAAGUGGAGGUCAUUGAUGCGGUGAUAGAAUUUGUAGGCUUAACAUCACGAGCUUGGUCUUAUUCUCUAGAGCUGCCGAAGGCUGUGCAGCCAAAGACUUUCGGCUGCUUGAUUAGAUCUCUUGCCAAGUUUAUAAAAUUAAUCAUGCGGAUUAAAGACAAAGAGUGGGAGUACGAAAGAAUUUCAAAUUCUCUGAGAGACAGCAUCAAGAGUCUGGCAUGCAGCAUCAAAGAUACGGGUUACGAAGAGAUUUAUCAGCAGCUUGUUCAGUCUUUGGACCGUCCGGCUGAUGAAGAAGCUUUAGAGUCCAUUUUACAGAUUGCUGAGUGUCUUGAAAGCUUUGGCAACAGUUGCCUGCAAAUAAACGUCGAUAUCAAAGACCGAGAAGUUUCAAUGGACUUGAUGAAGCUCCAGCUGGCUCAGGAGUUCAUCGACAAUUGCUUGCGCUUUGAAAUCCAAAUAUCCAGUCUCAUUAUCAAGGGGAUCAAUGAACUCCAUACUUUGUAUAUUCCUGAUACUGAUGAAAAAUAAUUUAAAUAUUCAAAUAUAAGUAAUAUAUUUUUUUUUUUAAUAAAUAAAUGAAUCAUUAUGGUAA